ACCGGGCGUCUUUCGAUUCACUUCCUUCUUCGGCCCCGUGUGCCCACUCGGAAGCGGAGGUGUCCCCGACAGAGGGGCAGAGCUGUGGGCGGAGGGAGGCGGGGUGCCCGUGCCCCGCGCAGCUGCUUUUAGGUGCCAGGCUCGGGUCGCCAGCUGCAGGCGGGCACAACUGGAAAGCACCUUGCGCAAGGGUCUCACGAGGUGUGGAGUCGAGGCUCCGCCCCCUGCCUCCUCCUUCCCGGAUCCCGGGUUACCCGGCAGUGCUGGGCUGGCAGCGCGCGAGGAAGCAGGGAGUCGCUGUCACCGCGCCUCCGGCCGGGACGCCGGUGCGACGGCCGCACGCUCCUUGCCGAGCCUCGAUCCACAAGUGCUGUGCCUGCUUGUGUAGACCUGAAAUGCCAUUUUGGCUAAACGUAGUCAGUUGGUCUUCAUGCAUGACUUGCUCAUGACUCCAGAAAGUGCCACAGGAAUGGAGUACAUGAGCACUGGGAGUGACAAUAAAGAAGACAUCGAUUUUUUAAUUAAACAUUUGAAUGUGUCGGAUGUCAUAGAUAUCAUGGAAAAUCUUUACACAAGUGAGGAGCCAGCAGUGUAUGAACCCAGUCUGAUGACCAUGUGUCAGGACAGCAAUCAGAACAAGGAGUCCUCAGAGUCUCUGCUGCUGAGUGGCCAGGAGGUGCCUUGGUUGUCAUCGGUCAGAUACGGAACCGUGGAGGAUUUGCUCGCUUUUGCAAACCAUAUCUCCAACACCGCAAAACAUUUCUACAGACACCGGCCCCAAGAAUCUGGAAUUUUAUUAAAUAUGGUAAUCACUCCUCAGAAUGGCCGCUACCAAAUAGACUCCGAUGUUCUUCUCAUCCCUUGGAAGCUGACUUACAGGAACAUUGGCUCAGGUUUCAUUCCUCGCGGGGCCUUUGGAAAAGUGUACUUAGCACAAGACAUAAAGACUAAGAAAAGAAUGGCAUGCAAACUGAUCCCUGUAGAUCAGUUUAAGCCAUCAGAUGUAGAAAUACAGGCGUGCUUCCGGCAUGAGAACAUCGCUGAGCUCUAUGGUGCCGUCCUGUGGGGAGACACCGUCCACCUCUUUAUGGAAGCAGGAGAGGGAGGGUCUGUCCUGGAGAAACUGGAAAGCUGUGGACCCAUGAGAGAAUUUGAAAUUAUUUGGGUGACAAAACAUGUUCUGAAGGGACUUGACUUUCUGCACUCCAAGAAAGUGAUCCACCAUGACAUUAAACCCAGCAACAUUGUCUUCAUGUCCACAAAAGCUGUUUUGGUGGAUUUUGGCCUAAGUGUUCAAAUGACAGGAGAUACCUAUUUCCCUAAGGACCUCCGAGGAACAGAGAUUUACAUGAGCCCGGAGGUGAUCCUGUGCCGGGGCCACUCCACCAAAGCAGACAUCUAUAGCCUGGGGGCCACGCUUAUCCACAUGCAGACGGGCACGCCACCCUGGGUGAAGCGCUACCCCCGCUCAGCCUACCCCUCCUACCUGUACAUAAUCCACAAGCAGGCGCCUCCACUGGAAGACAUUGCAGGUGACUGCAGCCCCGGCAUGAGAGACCUGAUAGAAGCUGCCCUGGAGCGGAACCCAAAGCACCGCCCACGAGCUGCAGACCUGCUCAAACACGAAGCCCUGAAUCCCCCCAGAGAGGACCAGCCACGCUGCCAGAGCCUCGACUCUGCCCUGUUUGAGCGGAAGAGGCUGCUGAGUAGGAAGGAGCUGGAGCUUCCGGAGAACAUUGCUGAUUCUUCAUGCACAGGAAGCACUGAGGAGUCCGAGGCGCUCAGAAGACAGCGCUCCCUCUACAUUGACCUGGGUGCCCUCGCUGGCUAUUUCAAUCUUGUUCGGGGUCCCCCAACACUGGAAUAUGGCUGAGGGGUUGGGCUUCUUGCUCCAAGCAAAGAUAGUGUUGACCUGCUGGAAGCUGGCUCUUCAGGCUCUACACAGUGACUGGAUAGUGAAUUAUGUGCUCUACCUGGACAGCGAGGGCUCCCAUGACAUAUGACUGUGCCUGCUGGGAGCCCCUGUGUAUUUAAGUUGUGAAGCUAUUCUGGUAUCUGCCAGGUCUCAAGGUUCUCCUUUCCCAGGCGUCGGGACUCAGCACCCUGCUGCUGAUUGCAGUCACUGUGCACUUUGAAAUUUUAAUCUCACAAUCACAAAUAUUUGUCUCAAAUUACUGUUCUUGGUUCUAAGUUAUGAGGUUUUCAUUAAGUUGGGAUAGCUAUUUUGUAUAUAGUAGUGUCUAUACUGUGAUAACUCUUUGAGAAUUUAUCGGUAGAUCCUAAUAUAAAUUGAAUUCAUUACAUUUUGGGUGAAUAGAACAACUUGAAUAUUGUAGCAAUAAGCUUAACUAGUGUCUUAACAAUGGCUGAUUAAUUCGGAGCCAUCCGACAGCAGGUCACUAGUGACAGUUUUUGUUAUGUUCCUAAGGAAACACUUUGUACUGUACAUGCUAUGCCUAAAACAUUUAAAACAUUAUGUUUUGAAUGUGGAUAAAACUGUGUAAACCACAUAACUUCUGUACAUCCCAAAGGAUGAGAAAAGUGACCUUUAAGAAGAUGGAAAGUUUUGUAAAUUCUUGGUGAUGCUACUUUUGUAAUUCUUAUAACUAUUUUCCUUAAAGCAUUUGUGUAUUCAGGUAACAUACUGUGUAUGUUUUAUCUCAAAUGCAUUUACGAAUCUUUCUUCCAUAGAUGUAUAUUUUCAACUAUUGUAAAAUAUGUAAAUAUAUGUUUUUACAUUAUGUAAAUGAAGCCCAAAACUUUUGUCCAAUGUGACUGGUCAGUCAUCUGAAUAAACCAGUA